GGAAACUCUAAACCUCCGCCGUGUUGUGGUGCCGCCCUCACACGUCAAAUCGACCAUUGUCCAACUGUCAUGUCUUUUCGAGAUGAUCGUGACUACAGGGUCGUCUACUCUGACCGAGGUCGCGGCGGGCCAGAGCUGAUCGAUGACUACGCCCCACGAAGACGCCCACGUGAGCAUGAUUACGAUAUGGAACCUAGUCGUGGCUAUGAAAGACCAUAUCGCCGUCAGCCACGAGACGAUGACCGAGACUUUCGCCCACCAGAACCACGACCAUAUGCGGGGGCCUUGACAACAAAGACUCAAUACGAGGUCGGACGAGACAGAAAUGCAGAUGCAUAUGUCAAACGCUCAAAUGCAAAUGCCAUGGUGAUCGGACCGAUGGACCCAAGAGCCGAAUUCGAGGUGUUGCGGCCCCAGAGAAGGAGCGACGGAUGCUAUGUCAUUGACGCUGACGCGGCCCGUGGCUAUGAUGACCGAGGUCGCUACUAUCUGGACGAGGGACCCUCGUCUCGAUCCUCGCGUGACCAAAUAGUCAUCUAUGAUAGUCCACGAGGUGGCGACCGACCCGGUCGAGCCAUCCGACACGCCGACUACAAAGACGUGCAGAUCAUGGAGGAGGUUGACGCUCGUGAUCGCCAUCACGAGAUCGUACCCGCCGCGGCGCCAACCGUCACGCCAUCCAGAAUGCGGAGCGCCAUGCGUGGCCGCAAUGAUUCACCUCCAGAGGAAUGGAAAAGGCGACGAGGUCAUGGCGUAGGAUUCUUCCAAGACCAGGUCGACCGACAUGACGCUAGUGAAGGCCGCCACGAGCGGCCUGGUGCCGAGGCCCAUGUCACUGGCCGUCAUCUGCAUGCGUAUCGAGACGAGGAAGACGAAGAGGAUUAUUAUGAGCGGCGAAGAGGUCCAGACCGAGAACGAGAACGAGAACGAGAACGAGAACGAGAACGAUCGGUAUCGAGAUCCAGACGACCUCGCGGUCCUAGAGGCAGUGACCCUCGGCUGGCCGAGGAAGAUUACGAGGACGAUCGUUACGAAUAUACGGAACGAACCAUGAGACAGUAUGAUCACGAGGAGCCUCGGCCGCUCUACCCUCCACCGGAUGACCGUGACCGUGACCGCGACCGCAAAAGACGACAUCACCAUAGCAGCCGCCGCCAGGACGAUGAACGGUCUCAAUACUCCGAUUAUGAAACCGUCACGAGAAAGACCAAAGAAUACUACUGAUAGAUUCGAGUGUCGAACGAACAAUUGCUGCGGAUUGCAAUCAUAUCAUUGCAUCUCUGGGAGUUUUGAUCUUUUUUAGGAAGGAUUUUAUGAGAUAUGGUCAUGAAUCACGACAUUGUUGCUUUGUUAUGCUGAAUUUUCGACGAGUUCGAGAGAAGAGAGGUCCAUGAGCAAAUUUCUCGGUCACACGGUUUACUGAGUUGAGACCACUAGAUUUUCGCGUCAAUACAUUCCAUCCUACUACACUCACUUGGUUGUUUUAGUCACGCCAUCUGUCUGCCGUUGGCUUUAAAAUAUCAGAGACUCUACGGCACAUAAUCAUCAAGUCAGACAUUCAUUGUGUGUUCCCCAUCUCGCUCUGUACUCAAAUCUCUACUACAUAGCCUUUGCUCCAACCUUGACCUCGACGUCACCAGUCUUCUCAUCGAACGAACCUUCGUCAGAAUCACCAACCCCGACUUCGACAUCAGUCGUCUGAGUCUUUGACGGAGGAUACACAGCCUCUUCGAUCUUAGCCACACCGACAUCAGAGAUAAAUCGACAAAUAAGGAAAUACGUCAGUCCACUAGUGGUGAAGCCAUAGAUGCAGGAGAAGGUAUAGAUCUUCCAGGCACCACCGACAUUGAGAUCGUCGUCAAUACUCUUUGCAAAGCCAGGCAACAACGGACCAACCGCCACCGCAAAGGCCGCAAAGGCCCGCCAGUUGAAACCAUGCCAGUACGAGUAGAUGCCAUGUCCGUUGUACAACUCGUGGAUGUUGAGCUUCUUCUUGAGAAUGAUAUAGUACUGACAGCACAUGACGCCACAGAUGGCACCCAUGAACAUACUAUACCCGGACAAGAAAGCCAACAACCCACUGGCAUUUCGAAUGAUUUGCCAUGGAUUGGAAACCACACAAAAGAUGGAAAUGAUCAACGUCGCACGGAAAAUAUUGAGGUAUUUCGGCGACAAGCCCGAAAUAUCGUUCGAGAACGGAUACGUGCCCGCGGC